ACGAAUAUUAGUGAGCAUGACGUCGUAUUUCACACGUAGUGUGCGUGGAGCGAAGGUACGGAUGUAAGUUUGGUAGCCUUGACGGGAUCGUAUCGAUUAAGCUUGAACAGCUUCGUCAGAUUCUUGGUCUGUCAUAAAACAUCAGUGAAAUUGAAUCCUUGGGCUUGGACGGACAUGAUACGGAACCCCAGAAGCAGUGGUGCGUAUCUCUGGUGCUUUCUACACUCCCGAAGUUUCAGAGCUUCAGGAGUCCUCACCAGGAAGUGUACCAAGUGAGUGGAACUUUUGGAUCAGUGUCAGAAGUAUCCCUCGAUCCAAAUCCUCGGAAGGCUUCGGAGUUGCUGGGCAUUUUGAGCUGCCAGGCAAGGUCCACGAAACAUCAAAGAAGGUUUAGAAGCCUGGAAGCUCUGAGGUGAUGAUGACAACAUCUUCAACAGCCCAGAACAUUGAAGAAACCCUGCAGACAAAGGUGCGGGGAGAAACGGAGGCUGAAACGAUGAGCCUCCUCUCUGCCAGCAUAGAAAAUCGUCAUCCGGAUUCAGUCAAGGGAAAGAUCCUUCGAACAGAACUAGGAGCAGUAAAACCAGAGUCGGUGAGGACUAAAUUUCAGUAUCACGUCCUUGCGGUGGAUGACAGCAUGGUCGAUCAAAGGGUCAUAGAAAAGCUUCUCAAGUCACAACCGUCGACAGUGCUGUGAGGGCCUUGGAUGUCUUGGGUCUUUCAGAAACACGCCCCAGCUCUUCCAAGAACUGGAUAUAAACCUGAUAAUGACGGAUUAUUUCAUGCCAGAGAUGACUGGUUACGACCUCCUCAAACGAGUGAAGGCGAAGUCUUCGGCAUUGAAGGAAAUUCCCGUCGUUUUGAUGUCCUCGGAGAAUGACAGUCAUCGGAUCAGAAGAUGCCUCGCCGAAGGCGCCGAUGCGUUUUUGACGAAGCCAGUGCAAUUGGCGGAUGUGAAGCGGCUGCGGGGCUAUAUCAGACGGCAAAGCUCACCCUCAUCAUCGUCAGGAGGAACUGGUGGGAAGAUCAACGGUGAUGCUGUGGAUCAUCGCCGUGAAGUUUCAUAGCCAGUGGCAGAUCAUCCAGUUUUCUAUCACCAUCUUUGACUUUCCUUUACGUGGAACUCAGAUUCAACACCUCGAUCGAUCAAGCGUGUUUCGAAGGAAGGCUUCAGAGAUAGAUCAAAAAACGAUUUUAUUUUGGAAGGAAGGCUCCCAGAGCAUCAUCGCAAUGCCCGAUGGGCGUGGAUACAAUCUCCGAAUUCAACCUUCACAGCCUCAAUCAGUCAAUUGGUUAAUCCUUUUUCUUGGGUUUUUCCAUCAUACAGAUAGAUAUUUAUUAAUUAAUUGAUGAAUAUCUUUAAAUGAACAUCCAUCCAUUUCAUUGUUCCAUCUAAUCUCUGGAGAAAAUUGCAGUUUCUAGAUGCUAUGAUAAUUGGCUGCUUGUUGGAUCUUGUCCCUGACCCAUUCUAUGGCUUAAACAAUUUGAAAGUGCCCAACAUAGCCGAUAUUGGUUAUGAGUACUACACUUUUUAGUUCUGCAACACGUUCAAGCUUCCCAGAGUGGUGGGUCUUAUUUGAUGGCUACAUCUAGAUUGAAGGUCAUGCUAUUUGCUUGACAAUUGCAUGUUGUGGUACUGAAAAUUACCAUGGGAAUCACAUGACACAAGAAUUGGUGAAAUGACAGAGUGAAGAACUUGAGAUAGGUUUUCUUUUAUAAAUUUUUAACACAAUCUUAUUGUGAGUUUAGGAGACCUAUGCAGUAAGUGACAUAUACAGUUGCAGCUCUAAGUACAUUUGUUUCAGGCAGAUAAAAAAGCGUUUUUAUGUACGGUGCUAUAACUAAAAGACUAAAAAUUCUUUCAAUUCUGUUGACUGUCUUUAGUUCUCAUUGAUGCCUUGACAAAUAGAAAUUCUAUCUUUCAUUAGUUGAAUCAUGUUAUACAAUUCAAACUUAAGCCAUAGUAAGAAAACACAGCAUAUAGAGAAGUGUCAACAUCAUAAGCAACUUUACCAAUGACAAAGACUUUAUUGCAACAUUAUUUUUUUAUCAUCAAUUUUAGAAAAGAAGCUUUAUCAAACACUCAA